AUGGCUGAAAAGAAUAAGAGCAAAGUUGUGUGCUCAUAUGAUGAUCACAGUGAUGCUGAAGAGAGCAAAAACACAUUGGAUGACUUGACUCUCCCUCUAGAGAAACUUAACCUUGGCCCAGAAAAGAAGAUGAAGAAGCUUCUGGUUAUUGGUCUUGGAGGCUUGCUUUGUCAUAGAGUAUACCGCACUGAAAAAAUCUACAUCCCAAAUUAUCGCCAUCCGGAUGCAGCAUAUGGAAACUACAAGGUGAAGAAUUUAAGUUUUGUCUGGAGAGAUUUGAAGUGGGAAUAUGGUCUUCUGCAAGGGAGGAAAUGGUACUUGGACAAUGCCUUGGAUUGUGUGAUGAAAGGGUUGAGGAGGAAGUUGUUGUUUGCUUGGGAUCAAGUGGAGUGUACUGAUUCAGGGUUCAAAACCUUGGAGAACCAAAAGAAGCCCAUCUUUCUGAAAGAGUUGAAGAAAAUAUGGGAAAACAAGGGUUUCAAAGCCUCACUUCCAUCUUCCAUGGGGAAAUACUCUUCAUUGAACACCUUGUUAAUUGAUGAUAAGGCUUACAAGGCUCUACUAAAUCCUGCUCACACAGCCAUCUUUCCUCCUGAAUACAAGGUUGACCAAGUUGAUGACAAGGCUUUAGGUCUUAAUGGUGAGUUGAGGCUUUACUUGGAGGGACUUGCAGAUGCCGAUGAUGUUACUUCUUAUGUUAAAGAUCAUCCAUUUGGACAGCCAGCAAUAACAACUACUCACUCUGAUUGGGAUUUCUAUUCAAAGAUCCUUACUCAUUUCCAGAAAGAUUAA